AUGGCUGGCUGGAUUUACGUCAGCACAACAUACGCUUCGGUUCUCACUGUCGUUGCGUUCUCAAUGGAACGGUACGUGGCCAUUUGCCAUCCGUUUCACAACUGCGCUUUGUCGGCCUUCAAAAGAGCUAUAUUUGCUAUAUUAAUUAUAUGGCUAAUCAGCGUGGUGUUUGCAAUACCCUUAACUAACUAUAGGAAACCACACUCUUUAACGUUCUCUGAGUAUUCGCGUGUUUGCUUGUUAACCACCGAGCGAGAUCUGCAUAGCUACUUAGCUGGUAUCUCUGUAACUUUCUUCUUUAUACCGAUGACUAUUUUGGCUGUUGCAUAUACAAGAAUUGCCUUGACGAUUAGGUCAAGAAUAUUAUCAGCAGCCGAAUCGUUAAAAAGUCGAGCGAAUAGAGGGCAACAAGACAAGACUGCAAUGAAAGUACUUGCUGCAGUAGUAAUAGCGUUUUUCAUUUGCUGGGCACCCUUCCACGUUCAACGCUUGGUCAAUUAUAAAAUUAGCGAGGGACUAAAAGGUCCUCUGUACGCUUUCACAGGUGUCCUGUAUUAUUUGUCGGCUACAACUAAUCCUAUACUAUACAAUGUUAUGAGUAAAAGACCGGUCAAUGAGUUCACGCACCCUUGGUGUGAAGAGGAAACCGGUGCCCAUAGACAUCAACAAAGCAAAGCAAAGCCGCUCACUCCAAACAAGAACACAAUAUUGCCUGGUUGA